AUGUCUCAUAGAAGCCUUCAAAUCUUGAGUAGCUUCUUGGGAGCACCCCUCAACAAUGGCAUUGGACGAUACAUAUGCCAACUUCAGAGAAUCACUAUCAAAUUUUGCAAGGAACAUGGAGCGAGUAAAGGAGUGAGGGACUUUAUAGAGAAGGACCUUGUGAACUUUGCAAGAGAAAAUCCAGGGAUUGUGGUCUACCUUAAACCAAGACGACAUCGAUCUCCUGUGUUUUCAGCUGAAUAUCUCAAUGGUAACACACAGUGGAUGAAUCUACAUGAAUUCACACGGGAAGAAGUGGUGCAAUGGCUGGAGCACAUGCGAACCCGAUCAGGGGUUAACAUUGUACGUCUGAGGAAGCGUUGGCACACAGAAUGCCCUUCAAUUCAAGGUGUUUGGAUGCCAUAUACUUGGAUGCCUCCAGAAGUCAAUCAUGUCUCUUUCCCCAACAAGGAACUAUCCAGUAGUGGGUUUCAAGAGAAAUCAGCCACUGACAUAGUGAAAGAGAUUUUUUCAAGACAGCAAGUGAACCUAGAGAAAGUAGAACAAGAUCUUCCUCGGCAGGAAGAGAACAGUAAAGGAUCUGAUGCUAUUCAAGUCUUGAAGACAGUUGAUCAGUGUCACAUUCAAGAUAUUCAACAGACAAUUGACCUUAAUGACCCCUAUCCCAGUGUCACUGAUCGCUACUUUGAAACAAGAUUUUGGGCAGAUGACAGUGGGGCAGAUGAGGACAUGCGAGUGCUUUUUCAUUCUAAUCGUAUCUGUGUGGUGACCCUGGCCCCGAGUCAUCCCAUUCUCCGAGACCAGUUGAAAGUAAUCAGAGUUGAUUUCCAGGUGAAAGGAGACAAAAACCGUCUUGAGAACAAAGUCAGUGGCAAGGCCAAAAGGGGAGCACAGCUUCUGGAGGAAAAUUCUCGGCUCUGCUUUAUCCACUGCGAGGGUGACAAGCAGUAUUUAGUGAGGAGCCGAGUAAGGGGAAAGCUGGUGGAGGUGAAUGAGAAGCUAGUGAAUCACCCUGAACUAUUGACAGAAAAGCCUGAGAGUGAUGGAUUUAUUGCAAUUGCCCUGCCGAAGCUGGGAGAAUCGGAUGCACAAAAAAAGCAGUUGCUUAACCACGAAGAUUAUGAGGAGAGUUUCUUCUGGACCUAUGUGUCUUUCAUCCAACAUCUGAUGGCUUUGGCAUCCAUUAAGGCUAUUUUGAGCAAACCUGGGUAUGAAGAGUUACCAUUUAAACUGAAAUGGCCAAAUGACAUUUAUUCUGGUCGAGACACAAAACUGGGUGGAGUCAUUGUCAACACCACAUUGAAUGGAAAGAUCAUGGUUCGAUUUCAGUCAACUUUUGCCACCCGUCUUUCUGAGGCCAAGAAAAAGGCCUCAAUUGACAAGAUCCUUCGAGUUGAUCAUGCAGGGGAAUUGGGAGCUGAUCGCAUCUAUGCAGGACAAGUUGCUGUUCUUGGAAAUACAAGCAUUGGGCCAACUCUUCAUCAUAUGUGGGAGCAGGAAAAAGGUCACCGGAAGAAGUUUGAAGAGCUUCUUCCCAAGUAUCGUGUGAGACCAACCAUAAUGGUUCCUCUUUGGAAUGUUGCUGGCUUUGUCCUGGGAGCAGGAACAGCUUUCCUUGGGAAAGAGAGUGCAAUGGCUUGCACUGUGGCAGUGGAAUCAGUCAUUGGAGACCAUUAUAAUGAUCAGAUCAGAGAGCUCAUGGCUUUGGAUCCUGAGGGUAACAAAGAACUCCUUGAGGUCAUCAAGAAAUUUCGUGAUGAGGAACUGGAGCACCAUGACUGUGCCUUGGAAAAUGAUGCUGAACAGGCCCCAUUUUAUCGUGUUUUGAGUGAAGUCAUAAAAGCUGGUUGCAAAACAGCCAUCUUCAUAUCAAAACAUAUCUAGUGCCCUUCAAAGUCUUUGUUUUGCCUAUUAUCUGUGAUAAAAUUUUGCUUUUUGCUGACAAAA